AUGGUCUCCCGCAUUCUCUUCUGGACUGGCUUCGGCGUCGCCACCCGGCUGUGGCAGCUGGGCCUCGAGAUGCGGCCGCUGUUCAACCGAGGAUCGCUGUGGGCGUACCCCGUCUUCGCGGGCGCCGGAGCAAGCUUCGGGUACUGGCUCCAGACCGUCGACCAGAAGCAGACGGCACUCCUCACAGAACGCAAAGAUGCAAUCCUGGCGAAGCGGGCAAGGAGGGCGGCACGGGAGGCUGCUGCCGGCGAGACGGCAUAG